UCUGAGGCGCCCUCUUUUCCGUCGCCUUUUGCAGACUAACGAACAUGCCGAGCAGAGAAAGUGAAAUAUGAUCCGUAAUUUCGAGACCCGGGUAGCCUGAACGAUGUCGAUGGCCUCAUUACUAGCAAAUUAUCUAGGAAACUCUCAAACCCUCUCGGUCCUAGUGGAAGACAUCGACACGACCUGGAAGCCAGCUCAUUCGUACGGUGCUGAUUCAUUGGUGGCGGUGGAACUUCGCUUCUGGUUCUCAAAUGAAGUGAAAGUGAAUAUGUUCGUAUUUAACAUUUUGGCAAACGACAGCAUCGCGGAGUUGGGAUAGUUGGUAGCAAGCAAGAGCGAGUACUUGGCUAAGCGAACGCGAGGUUGACGUGA